UACGAGAGAGUUGCUCAAGCCAUUCGAAUGGAUGCACUUUUAUGUUCCGUUUUGCCCUGUGCGAACAUGCUCCGAGCUGCGUGAUGCUGGUCUUUUCUCAGACGUGAACUCGUCGCCGUUUCUCCUCGGCUGCGAAGGAACGAUAACGUACCAAAAGAAGGACUCCGGGGUGGAUCAGCGCUUCCGAAUCCGGAACAGUGUGUACACUACUCACAAAGUUUCGCUUCAUGUGCAACCUCCGGCUACGGCGACGCCGAACGAGUAUCCACCCGAGCUUCUGCAAACGACAGCGGUCAUCAUCGACAUCGACUCGGAUGAUAUCUACGUUCCGGAGAAAGUGGACAUCCCAGAGCUGCCUCAGUCACUUCUUCGGUUUCUGGAAAGUAUGCUAAGUGAAGCACUCCACAGCUCGCGUAUUACUCAAGCGGAUUCGCAUCUCUUUGGCCCAAGCAAAGCUCCCAGCUUCAUAGGCGAAAUGCUUCAGCAAGUAAAGGACGUUACACCAGACGAACCGAGCGCGGAGAUAGCACCCAGCCAACUCGAGCAGCCUCCUCUUUCACUGGACGGCAAGGCGCGCCUUGCGCUCGUGUGGUUCCUUGAGGCUCUCUUCGGCGACGUCGUGUACUACUUUUGCUUUUUCCACCAGAACUUCGAGGUGGAGUCACCAACGGCAGCCGACACCGACGAGUUUCUUCUGUUCGAGGUGGACUCGUUCCUGGAUGCCCACACGGAGCUCGGAUGCCGCGAUUUCUUCCGCCAGUGCUUCAACACCGAGCUUUUCCGUAAAUUUAUCCUCGCCCAGCACAUGCAGUUUUCGUUCUCGGCUGACAGCGAGUCCCUCGAGCCAAGCAUUGAGUCAGGUGAAGCAGCGCUGCAAGUAGAUCCAGAGAUCCCGCGAGACAGCGCGCCCGACGCAUUCAUCUAGAUAGCUUACAGUUUAAUACACAGCAUCUCGAUCAGCCUUAUAUCGUCAC